CUUGAUAGCAUCUUUGGUGAACCAGUGAUGGGUCUCAUUAACUUGAGCCCUUGACAGGCGUGGCCAUUCACCUGACCACAAACCAGGCGCGCGAUCUUACCAAUUUCUCGCCAGUAACUAAACACUUCGCCCUCUCAAAUGCUUCAUAAUCUACAACCCAUCAGCCAAGUACCUCUGAUCAGUGCAUGCACCGCCUCAACCACUUAGCAUCAUGGAAGCUCUUGCAAGCCAGUGUCAACCCAGUACAUCCUCUCCAGCAGCUACGACCCUACACAACCCCAACUCCCUCCCAGAACUCGCAAUGAGACUUACCUCUGAGCUGGCUAGCCGUACAAAUAACAAUGAGUCCGAGGACGAACCUAACCGCAACUCAGCUGCCGGUUCCACCCAACCUUCGAACAUGGAAAAUACGCCGGCACCAACUUCCCAGACAGCAUUGCAGAUGUCCAAUAAAGAGAACGAUGCCCGUGGUCAGCCGUCGUUGCGGAUCUCUCUUGGGGAAAUCACCCUUGCGCGCGGGACGAUGGCCAUUGAUGAGACUCAUUGGUAAUACGUGCUGUUCUAAGGGCCUUGUUGUGAUAUAAAAUUAUGUGGCUCAUUUUCCCUAUCGGGAUAGAGGCUUUACUCUGGCAAGUCUCUUUAAGCCUCUCUUUGUGAUUCUAUGAAAAUUGGUAUGAUGGAUUCCAUUUCUCCUGAUAUUUGGCAGCUUAAAUGACCUUUUUAGUGCUAAUUCACUAAAUUCCCUUAUGACGCGGUUGAGUUAGAUAGCUAGAUAGCGGAAUGAAAGUAAUUCUUUCGCUGAAAACAUAGUUUAUUGGGUUGGAGGGUAAAGCAAGUAGAAGCCAAGUCAAAAUAUUGACCAGAUAGCUAGAGUAACAACAAAAUGUACAGGAACUGACAGCAUGGCUUAACCAUGAA